AUGUCCACCCAAUCUGGUAUUGCCGCAGACCAGGCCUUGCUGGACUCUUUAAACGAAAACCUUUCCGCUGCUGGUACUGUCAUCGUCAUAGCUAAGAUUUCCCCUGAUUCUACUUCGGUGCAUCAACUGAAAGUGACGCAUGAUUUGGACCAACUGAUUCAGUUGGCAUCUCAGGAUAAAGAACCGCUGUAUAUCUUUUAUAAGUCCCAGGGAGCCGCUAAGUACUUUUUCGUGUCAUUCAUCCCGGAUGGCUCUCCGGUAAGAUCAAGGAUGCUUUAUGCCUCAACCAAAAACACGCUGGCAAGACAGGUCGGCUCUAACUCCUUGUCUACCGAACAACCAUUGAUCACGGAUGCGCAAGACUUGGCGGAUUUGAAGGACUUCUGUAGCGACCGACCUGUUGCCCAGAAUAAACCUUUGACGCAAGAUGAAAAAAUGCAAAUCGAGAUCAACAAGCAACAGGCACUCUUGAGGAAAAAUAACUCCAUAAAAUUGGUGUCUCAGGACAGCGCUUCUCCUUCAACAUUGACUUUUAGGGUCAGUUCUGAGAAACCCGUCAAGGACAUUUUUAGUAACGACGGUAAAAAUUUGAUCAUCUUCCAAAUUGACCCGUUGGAUGAAACCAUCCAAAUCGUGCAGUUAGAGACGUGCCCUUCUGUAGACGCGUUGCGAAUUGACUUGCCUGGGCCAAGUUACGCGAUUUUUAAGCACCUCGACUCAAAUUUCUUUAUCUAUUCAUGUCCCUCGGGCAGUAAAGUCAAGGAUAGAAUGAUAUAUGCCUCGAACAAGAAUGGAUUUAUAAACUACUUGAAAAACGACCAGAAAAUCACGUUCAGGAAAAUAGUGGAAAUUGGUGAUUUCGUCGAACUGGAUAAGUCCUCAUUAUCGGCGACGAAUGAAGAAGAUGGCCCUGAUCAUGGCUCUGCUCUAGACCAACAGAACAAUGGCAGCUUGAGAUUUAAUAAGCCAAAAGGCCCAUUGAGGAAAAGAAGAACAUAG